AUGUACGGUACUCCUGAUGCUCCUGGUAUUGUCCCGCGAAUCACUGAAGAUUUGUUUAGCCUUAUCGCUGGGAAAAAAGUUUCUUGGGAUCUUGUAUGUUUGCUUUUUCAAGGGAUUAUGUUCCAUCUUUUCCGUUCGUUUAAUUGUCUGUAUACAAGUGCAUAUUUCCUACUAUCCUCUGCGCAGCUGACCGUUCGUGAGCACCCUGUGACGGGUCCUUUCGUUGAGGGUCUGCUCCAGCCGGCUGUGCACACACCCGAGGAGGUCUUUGCUUGGCUUCGACAAGGUGACGCCCGUCGCAGUGUGGCUGCAACCCAGAUGAACGCCUUCAGCUCUCGUUCUCAUACAAUACUUGCAUUUAUUAUCACAAGAAGAGAAUUGGCAAGGUUCACGAAAACCGAGGUCAUCGAGAAUGUUUACACCAGCAGACUCAAUCUGGUUGACUUAGCUGGUAGUGAACGCCAGUCACUCACGAACAACACCAACGAACGAUUAGUCGAGAGUUGUCAAAUUAACAAGUCUUUGUUCACUUUGAGCAAAGUGAUAUCUCAGCUAAGUGGCGAUUUACGGACGACAAUGAAUUGUCGAUCAACUGAUCGACCUAAACGAAAGCGACCCCCAUUUUCCCCCUGCGGUACACCCGAAUUUCGCACCCCCGUAGUAGACAGCAGACGCAAGCAAAGCAAUUUUAUCUCUUACCGCGACUCCACACUUACAUGGAUUCUAAAGGAAAGUCUUGGCGGAAACUCUGUUACCGCUAUGUUGGCUACGGUUUCUCCCUCCUCGCUGCAUAUCGACGAUACACUGGCGACCCUGCAGUAUGUCAAGCGCGCUCAGUGCAUUGUAAACAACGCCGUUGUUAACGAGGAUCCAGAAGGUCGUAUCAUUCGUGGUAUGUUAAUGAAAGCCUUGCUCUACUCAAAGAAACGAAUACUAGUAUUUUUGGCAUUCUUUCUAUUUGGACCCGAAUUUCCUCAAAUCCAGCAUCGGAUAAUUGAAUUAACGAAACGCACAGUGGACUGUGAACGACUUCAAGUCGCCAUUUCACAAGUUACGCCUUUUGGAACACCAAAGCGGUUGGUUAAUUUUCUUGACGACUCAGAUGACAAUGGCAAUACGCCUGUCAUUCCGUCCAAGCGCCUCAAAAGCGACUCUUGUUCUACAAACUCUGGGACCUCGGAUUCGCCUGGUGAUGAUCGUCUGGCGCCUGACGGCGCAGACCACUACCCAAUCCAUGAAUGGACUAAAAACGAGGCUACUGUGCUAACUCAAAAAAUUGAAUCGGCUGUUCAAACUGAAGGCGUGAACGAAGUAAAUACCAAUAACGCCCAAAUCUUUGGGUGUCACACUGGCAUUAUUUCUAAUAAUCAAACAGACCCUCAGAGCCUCGCACUUUCUUAUCGAAAGUGCGGGAUAUGUUCAUGGGAACCUGUAAGAAAGAUUGAUGCCUCAAGUAACACGUGUGAUGUUGAUUUGGGAUGUGGAUUAAUCUCCCAAAGAGGUCUAGAGUAUACUGACCUUGAGCUACAUGUAGUAGGAAAACCACUUAACGUGCUUCUUGAUGUGAAGAAAAAAGAUGUCUCAAUUGGAGUGAGUGAAAAUGCUUCCGACUUAAGCGUCUUGCCGAUUCAGGAGCUGUCAUUGAUGAGGGAGGUAAUCAACCAUAGUUCGGAAGCUAUGUUCUCUGAAGCCGGAAUAAACACGAUUGAAGAAGUUGAGGUAUUACCCAAACAGAUCUUCCUGGAAAUGAAACAGAAAAUUCUUUUACUCGAGUCCACGCUGGCGACCUAUACUUGUAAAGUCAAACACGAAGUGGGCACGUCUUCUGAUGACCAUGAUUGCCGCAUUCCUUUUGAGAAAUCAUCUAAGCAAUCGACUGAAGAAACUCACAAUACGACGAAAGGAUUCGCUGUGUUCAAGGGUAAAAAGCUUGUCGAUUCUUCUGUUCUUACCAAUGAUACUGAACUCGACGUAACGUAUAUGUCUGUUAACCUCUUCAACCGACUUUACGAGAGACUUCAUAAUCUUCGGAUGAGGGUUGAUGUUCUCGAGUCCAAGACAACGUCUGAUGCCAAUGUUGCUACUGACGAGGAUAUCCAAGUUCUCCAGGCGGGAGCUGAUGGGUUCCUUACUCGAAUGGAUGAACCUUCGCCAGUGUUAACACGUUACAAAAGAGGGCUCUCGGAUAACAAAAAGAUGGGAAAUAACGUCGAAGUGUGUGUAAAUAUGAAAAAUCGUCUCGAAAAAAUGACUGAGCACCUAACUGAACCAGGGCAUACGUUGGACAAAGAAGUAAAAAUGGUGGAUGUUUCAACGCUUACCAAUGACAUAAUUGAGUCAACGUGUAUCAAUGAAGUGUCAGAAGAUGCAGCUGCCUCACCAAUUGUUCUCGGUGAUGGUGAAAAGAGUGUAAGAAGCCGAGUUGAUUUCUUUGAAAAAUUAAAGCAAGACAAUGCACUGGCUACCAGUGGACGUGCGCUGCUUGGCUCAAAAGAAGUUUCGGUAGUAUCUGUUAAGCCUAAGAAAGUACCUGUCGAUUCUACUAUAAAUGAGGAUAUGAAACAAUCACUCAUAUUCUUUCAGUCUCAGUUGGAAAGACAGCGGUGGGAUAUCGAGUACCUGGAACAGACGAAUCGAAGGUUGUCGACGGAACGUAAUACAAUGGCGAAGAUGCUGGCUUGUGUGCUACGUGAGGGCAGCGAGCGUCGGACUUCUUCGUCACAAGUCUUGAAGUGCCUAGAUUAUACUGGCCAAGUGUCUGAGGAGUUCCGCCGAGAAAUGGAAGCCAUUAUAAUGCAAUACGGCCAUGAAUCUAGAGAGCCUCCAUUUCAGCUUGACCUAAGGCCUGCCCGCUUCUUAAUUCUAAAACACAAGUUCUUGGAAUUGCUUUGUUUGAGAGAAGGACAACUGGAAGCAGCCUCUGAAUCCUGCCAUAACGGUGACUGUCAGCCAGAGAACGACCUUUCCAUCGAACCUGUCCUGACUUGCUUAAAUCAACUUGAGCCUGAGUGUCCAACUCAAGCUGAAUAUAAUUCACUGGCCCUCCUUUUGACUCUUCCCCAACUUGAUCGGCAUCCCGACUACCGUAAUUGGAAUCCCAGUCUCGGUCGCCUCCAGUGCUUCAAGAGGUCCUCUAUAUGUGCACCCCAAUGCCACGUGAUUCAGUUGCUUGAAUUGCUUUCUGUAUUUCCAGACGAUGUACUGGAUGACAAUAAAGGGCCUUCAAUUGAUCGUUCGGCAGAAAAUAGCCCCAUCUAUUCAAUCGAGGCCCCUGACUUAUCCCUGAACUCCUGGCUCCAGUCUCUACCUGAGUCGUCUUUUACGCAGCCCUUUGAGUCCUGCCAACUCUGUUUGGCUAUCCACCGGCUACAAAAACCCUCACAAGAAGUCGGAUUGUGGAUCGAUCAGAUUUUACGCGAACCAAGUGUGAAGCCCCUAAUUUUUCCCUACACUCACCUUCCAUCUACUAAACAGAGCCUAUUUCGCUCAUCAAUUAGACCAACCCUAGCACAGAGUUUGCUCCAAUGUGCAGAUGUCAAGAGGUCAGGAUCCCUUCUGGGCAUGGCGGCUAGUUCCCUAGUCUCUCGAGCGGGGACGCAAAUGAUGAGUCAGUCAAUAGGCGGUUACCGUCUUCCUAUGGGCGAUGGAAUGACGAGGCCUCGAACAGCCACAGAGGCCCGUCGGAGUUCCGUGAUGCAACAGUCGAUCGACCGAAUUUUCGCAAAUCGAGGCUCUGUGGCUCCUAGUAGCUCUUUUAUCACGGACAAGUCCCUCUCUACCGCCGUUGUCGAACAGACAACCUUUGUGGACAACAUGCUCCAGUCAAUUCCUGAAAGCGAGGCUAAAGCUUGCAAGACAACAGGAAAUGAGAGAGGCGACAUUUUGAAUAACUCGACAUUGACUGAGCCCGAGAUGAAUUCUCGUGACGUGAACACAAAUUGCGGACUUUUUCAUGAAUUCCAAAAACGACAAAAUAAUCUCCAGGUGUCGGUGUCUGCAGAUCACUCGGAGGCGAAGCUAGGGUGCAGCAGUCGCGUCGUGUCUGCAUCUGGUAUGGCAAAGGAGACCUCCAUUCAAGACGAUUGUCCUCUUGCGUGUGACAGGGGUAAGGAGCAGCGCUCGGAAGACCAGCCUCCCCAGUACCUUUCGGUCACCGUGUUCGAGGACACGCAACCAAUUCGAUCUGUUGCCUUUCACCCCAUUGGCACAUUCUAUUCUGUGGGCUCUAACUCGAAAGCACUCCGAGUGUUUCGUUUUCCCGAUACUACCUCUCUCCGGUCUGAUCAUGAGGCCACAAAUCCAGCAAUUGUGAUGCAGCGUUUGAAAUACCAUCGUGGUAGCAUUUACUGUACGGCAUGGAGUGGAGACGGUCGCGUUAUCGCCACAGGAAGCAAUGACACUGCUGUGCAUCUACUCUACGUAGACCCUGAGACUGGAACACCAUCAGAGCAGACUGAGGGCUUCAUUCAGCUCACUCAUCACGACGGCACUGUGCGGGAUGUUGCUUUCAUGAUGACCUCCUAUCCAAAGGUUGGCUCUUCCCUGAGCAACAAUCUUCCAUGCUUAGCUGGCUCGCCUGGUCAUUUGCUUACUGCCGGCGCUGGUGACUGUCGUAUUUAUGUUGUUGACGUGGAGAGGGCGAGCAUCCUGGCUUCAACGACGUCGGCAUCCGCAAGUGGCUGUCUCCGUUUAAAGUCUUCCUCGGCGGCCACCGUACGAGCCCUCUCGGGUCACUCGGGGACAGUUUUUGCGCUCUCUGUGUGGACCCCAGGAUCGCUUUUUGUAUCCGGCUCUGCGGACUCCACUGCUCGUCUGUGGGACAUACGUGCUCCGGCACCCGUGCUCAUUAUUCCCUCUUAUUCAGGAGCCCAAGGUAGUCCCUUCGCGUCCGUGAGCAUGGAAGCAAGUGGCAACGUGCUAGCAAGCGGUCACGAAGACGCGACUAUCUCUCUUUUUGACAUCCGUGGGGUGCGGUAUAUUAGUGCCUACCGACCGCAUUCCAGUGAAAUUCGUUCUGUGCGGUUCGCUCCCAACGACUACUAUCUGCUCUCUGCUAGCUAUGACAAACGCGUAGUCGUCACUGACCUCCACGGUGACCUUUCCCAGCCGCUGGCUUGCGUCCAGACAGCUCAGCACAAGGACAAAGUGAUCCAGGCUCGUUGGCAUCCAAAUCAGUUAUCUUUCAUCACUACAAGUGCAGAUAAGAGCUGCAUCAGCUGGUCUCUCCCAGCUGUCUAG